GUAUGAUCAAAUUUAAAAUUGAACAUGAUAUUGUAACUAAGAGUGAUUUAGGAGAAGUUAAUAUAAAACAUGUAUUUAAAGAUUCUGAAACUGGCAAGAUUAUUAAAAUAUUCAAUAAUGAUAACUUUUUAAUAUGUAAAUCUGAUGAUAAAGAAUGUUGGAUUGAGAAACAUGAUAUCGUUUGA